AGUGAAAGCAUUGGAACUUUUGUUUGCAUUAGGUGCAUUGAACAAACUUGGAGAGGUGACUAAAGUUGGUCGUCAAAUGGCAGGGUUCCCUCUCGAUCCAAUGCUAUCGAAAAUGAUAGUUGCUUCCGAUAAGUAUAAAUGUUCGGAUGAAGUUAUUUCCAUUGCUGCUAUGCUUUCUGUUGGGAAUUCGAUCUUUUACCGUCCAAAAGGCGAACAAGUUCAUGCUGAUCACGCGAGGAUGAGUUUUCAUACCGGUAACGUCGGUGACCAUAUUGCUUUAAUGAAUGUUUACAAUUCCUGGAGGGAAACGAACUACUCGACACAAUGGUGUUACGAAAAUUAUGUUCAGGCUAUAAACAAGGCCAUUACAUCUGGAUUUUUCUCUCAUUCGGCCAGGUUGCAGAACUACGGUUCUUACCGAACUGUGAAGCAUCCGUGGAUCGUCCAUAUACAUCCAAGCUCGGGCUUAGCAGACAACUUCCCGAGAUGGGUUGUAUACCAUGAAGUAGUUCUUACCACCAAGGAAUACAUGAGAAAUGUAACUGAGCUGAAACCGGAAUGGCUGGUCGAAAUAGCCCCACAUUACUACCAAAUGAAAGACAUCAAAGAUGCCUGAUCGAAGAAAAUGCCGAAGGAACCGGGCCAAGCUACAGGGCGACCGGUGAAAACUGAUUGAUCCGAUGAAAGAACAAGAUCAUAUCCAUAUUUCAUUUUAAUCUGUUCUCUAUUCACUUCCUUUUUUUUUGAAGAAAUUACCAUUUCUUAUGAUUUUUAUGUCUUUUUUGUUCAAUAGCUGGUCGAAAUGUAACUGAGCUGAAACCGGAAUGGCUGGUCGAAAUAGCCCCACAUUACUACCAAAUGAAAGACAUCAAAGAUGCCUGAUCGAAGAAAAUGCCAAAGGAACCGGGCCAAGCUACAGGGCGACCGGUGAAAACUGAUUGAUCCGAUGAAAGAACAAGAUCAUAUCCAUAUUUCAUUUUAAUCUGUUCUCUAUUCACUUCCUUUUUUUUUUUGAAGAAAUUACCAUUUCUUAUCAUUUUUAUGUCUUUUUUGUUCAAUAUAUUAGCCUGCUUGUUCAAAAUUUCUAAUGAAUGUUUUUUAAUCCGAAACUUCUCAGAGCUGAAGCAUUAGUGAUGACUUGCAAAGAACACUGAGCAGCAUAGGGGCUAUAGUUGGUAUGUACUUUUUGGUUAAAUUGAUGUUCGAGGCCGAGUCAGAUUCAGGUUUGAUCUAUUUUGGUUAAAUUAAUUCAGUUCACUUCAAGUUUAAUCAGUUGACUGAAUUUUUGCAGAUUCGGGUUUGAUCUAUUUUGGUUAAACUAAUUCAGUUAACUGAAUUUUUGCAUAUACCCAUAGAUCGAUACAUGGUAUUAAGAGACAUUGUCCGAUUCAUGUAUGUUUUACAGAUUUGUGGCCCUUUCUCUUGAUAACAUCAUAUCUAAGAUUCAAAUUUGAGUUAUCUUAGAAAAAAUAUAAUGUACUUUAUUACUAUACUCUUAAAAUAAAUUUUAAUCCUUAUUAUUUAUCUUGAUAUGCGUUGUCAUGGAUAAUGACUAGUAUUAUAUCUAUUAUAUGUCAAAUAUGAAAUUAAAUUUAUAAUAGUUACUUAAGGUUAGUUAUGAAUCUUAAAUUAAAACAUAGGGGCCAAGAGAAAGGUCUCAUAUGCUAGUCUUUUAGGUCUAUUUAGCCCAUAUAACCCAUAGUCAUAGUCAGACAUGAACUCUAAACAUAUAGAGAAAUCAUACUAAUAAAAACCGAACUCAUCGAAUAGCCUGAUACUUCUUUCAUAUCUGAAAUAGCUCCCUACAAUGGCGGCAAAUGCGGCUAACAUGGGCA